AUCUCGAACGAACGAGCAAAACCAAAAGCGCCAAAAAGGCAUCGAAGCGAGGAACAAGAAAGCUCCGGUAGUUUCGAAUUUGGCGUUUCCAAGCAUCGUCGCAUCAAUGUCAGUAACAUUGCACACGAAUCUGGGUGAUAUCAAGUGCGAGAUCUUCUGUGACGAGGUUCCCAAGAGUGCUGAGAACUUUUUGGCUCUAUGUGCUAGUGGCUACUAUGAUGGUACUAUAUUUCAUAGAAAUAUCAAAGGGUUCAUGAUUCAAGGAGGAGACCCAAGUGGAUCCGGGAAAGGAGGAACUAGCAUCUGGGGAAAGAAAUUCAAUGAUGAGAUUCGCGAGUCCCUUAAGCACAAUGCAAGAGGGAUGCUCUCAAUGGCAAACAGUGGCCCAAAUACAAAUGGAAGCCAGUUCUUCAUCACCUAUGCAAAACAACCUCAUCUCAAUGGAUUAUACACCAUCUUUGGCAAAGUCAUUCAUGGCUUCGAAGUGCUUGACAUUAUGGAAAAGACUCAAACAGGUCCGGGAGAUAGGCCGCUUGCUGAGAUAAGGCUGAACCGUGUGACGAUCCACGCCAAUCCACUUGCUGGUUAAGUCAGAUGUCGCAGAACAGAACCGAACCAAGCCCUAUUGUUCUCUUCGUUUGUUUCAGAUGUCCAACGCUCAGUUUAUUUAUUUUUUAUAUGUUUUGAAUUUGUAUUCAAAAAGAUCAUAAACAAAAUUCAAAAAGACCAUAAG